AUGGCUGACCACGACAUCGUCCACUCCUUCAAAUCCACCAUCGGCUCGAAUCUGCAGGGCUCGUAUGCUCAAGUCCAUGUACUGCUCAUCGCCUGGGAGGAUCACGACGUCGGUGACGUUGACGGCGAGAUACGAGAUCUGCGCGCCUUAUUCGAGCAGGACUACCACUACAGCAGCGUCGCCUUCUUCCGCAUCCCAGUCAAGGGUCCUUCGCGCGCGAGGCUUAACAGAGAAAUAUCCAGCUUCGUUGAAGAGCAAUCCUUCCCGCAAGAUUCUCUCAUAAUCGUUUACUACGCUGGCCAUUGUAGUCCCGACGCGCAGGGACAGGCUGAGUGGGCGGCCUUUGAGUUGGGUGGACCAACAGUGUCUUGGCAUGUGACCCAGCAGUUGCUCUUCUCAGCUCCUGGCGAUGUGCUUCUAAUUCUUGACUGCUGCCACGCCUCUCUCAUCACGCGUGGCUCUAAGGAUGGUGAUGGCCGAUUUGAAUUGAUAGCCGCGUCAGCUAAAGGGGCCAAGACUCCUGUUCUGGGACGGAGGUCCCUUACGAGAGCCCCGAUUAGGCCGCCGAAGGAGAACUCCAGUACCGGAAUCCCAUCAGAGAACCUUGCUUCAGAAUUGAGAGAGGACCCGAAAGUUACUGGUAAGACUGGGAAUCUGUUAAUAAGCACACAAGCAAGUAUUAAUAUCCUACUAGAAACCCCGGUAUUUCAUGACUUUGUGAGGAAAUCACCAACCAAAAUCUUUCUCCAGCCUCUCCAGCCUCCAGCUGUGACAGAGGGCUUUGUUAAAAAGCCAUCUGGCUACCUAGUCUUCCGAGCAUCACUCUCAGAUGACGUGACGGGUCUGCAAAUUGCAACAUGGCUCAAGACAGCCCCUCCCAAAAACGUCACCGCCGUCAGUAUCGAAGCAAUCGUCAGUCGCGCGCGUCGCAUACAGGAUGCUCUCAAAGAUGGAGCCUUUCCACAGGGCUCUGUUUUCGAGCAAUUAUCUAAGCCUGCUAGAGACGAGAUUGUCAAAGGAAUCCGUAGGCUGAACACGACCAUGGCCGCCACCGAGGAAUAUGCCAAGGACUACACUACAAGAGACGAAAAUGAAGUCAUUCAACAGUCAUUAGUUGAGAUUCAUGAUAGAGUCUCAACGCUGAGUACUGCUAUUGAAACACCACUACUACUAGACACUGUCGGUAGCAGAAGUCCGGAAUCGACGCAAGAGACCCCAGAUGCUGUGAUUAUGGCUGCUGUCGACGUGGAUGCUGCUCUUCAUUUACGCAAAGCCAUCAUGAACCAAGAUCCGUCUGGCUAUAGUCGUGAGAUAAGCCGUGACAAGAUCUUGGAAUCCCUGAAAAGAAGCAGCUCCACAGACAAUCUAUCCGGUCGUUUCAAAAUGGGGAGUAUGGACGGCCGAUUUGUCAUCAUGGAGACCUACAAGUACAGGGAAUCCGAGGGCAACAGCGGUGAACCGCAACCUCAAACGCUACAAGAAGCUCGUAAGAUUACAGGUUUGCUAUGCCACCCAAAGCGUAAAGAGUUCCAUAUCCUACCAUGCGCGGGCUUCUUCCGUGACAGGCUCCGUAAAGAGAUAGGCAUAGUAUUCUGGUGUCCGCCCAUGUUUGGGACUGGAAGCAAGGUUGUGACGCUCCUCCAGUUGUACAAGAUGCAUCGACUUGUUCCUCUUGGUCAACGGAUUCAUCUCACUUGGGCAGUAGCUACAGCGAUUGAGAACUUCCAUCGCGUUGGUUGGGUACACAAGAGCAUCCGAAGCGACAACAUUGCCUUCACAGAACCCGGAAUCCGAUUGAGUGACGAAGAUGCAGAUUCGCCAUUUGUCGACCGCUUCGACUUCAGCAAGCCCCUGCUCUUUGGGUUCGAGUACUCUCGUGCCGACGACGAGGCAACAUACCUGGAAGAAGAUUACUCGCUCAACAAUAACCUCUACCGACACCCCGAUCGAUGGGUUCGGCCAAGAACCCGAUUCGAGAAAGGCCACGAUGUGUACUCGCUGGGCGUGGUGCUGUUGGAAAUCGCCCAGUGGGAAGAAGCUACCUCGAUGCUCAAGUCCUUCUUAGAAACUAAGCCCCUGGUCCCUUCAGAUGUUGUCAAGGCUCUAAUUGGAAAAUGCGGCAAAUCUCUCUCGCACCAGGUUGGCCGCGUCUUUGCACAAUGUAUUGUUACUUGCUUGGAUUUUCCCAUGCGAACCAAAUCCAUGAGCGAGUACGAGAUGCAGAGACACUUCCAGCGAAAUGUUACAGAGCUACUAGGAAGGGCCGUAUCGAAGGUUUAG